AUUAAAAAUUAAAAAAGUACUCUUCGGUCAAACAAGUCUGAUGGCAAAAAAUGGUGGGGGGAGGAGAUACAGGGAAGAUGAUUGCAGUGGGACUGGUUUGGGGAGCCACCAACGCCGUAAUGCGGCGGGGCACAAUUCUUUGGGACCAAGCCCUCCAAUCUUCGCGCCGGAACGAUCCGAACCUCCGGCCAUUUGACCGGCUGAAGGUGACCAUCAUCGAUUGGAUCAAGCUCCUCUUAAUCUGGCAGUACUCGGUCCCGUUCUUGAUCAAUCUCUCAGCCUCCGCUACUUUCUUCGCCAUUCUCAGCCACACCCCAAUCUCGCUAGCAGUGCCAGUCACCAACGCCACAACCUUUGCCGCCACUGCCGUUGUGGGUGUGCUCUUGGGGGAGGAAACUCAUCUGGGUUUCGCUUUCUCUGGAAUUGAAGUAAUUGGAUGUUUGGACGUAGAGAAAGUUUUGAAAAAUGUCAAGGAUUUUGUGAGCGUUUCGAUGCUUCCGAAUAAGAAAGCUCUCUUUGAUUUGACAGCAGACCAUGCAAAACACAAGUAUGCUAGACUGGUUAUGAUCUCUCAUCAUGUGUGAUAAUCAACUGCACCUAUUGAUACCAAAUUAACUAGUUAGACCAGCAUCUUUACUCAUAUAUAUGCAGCAUUUGAAUUUGGACCUUGUUCUCUCAGUAAUGUAAAAUGUUCUCCUUGUCUUAUACUCUUAUUAUUGCUAUAUAAUAUUUUUGAGUCUGGAAUGGAAAUUUGUGCUCGCAACAAUAAAUUCAGAGAAAAAAAAAAAAAUGAAAAUUUUCAACCUUAGCUGAACAA